GCGGGGCCAGCCUGGCCGUCCAGGUGGUGGCGCUGCGGGGCGGAGCCCGGAGCGGCUGGCCCAGGCGCCGGGAUAAAGGCGCGGCCGGCCGGAGGCUGCCUGAAACCUGCGUGCUGGCCACAUCACCAUGUCACUUGUGCUGCUGAGCCUGGCCGCGCUGUGCAGAAUCGUCUUGCCCAAAGAGCCGACUAUUCAGUGUGGCUCUGAAAUUGGGCCAUCUCCAGAAUGGAUGGUCCAGCAUCCUCUGACCCCAGGAGACUUGAGGGAACUCCGAGUGGAACUUUUUAAAACCAAUGCUACAGCAGAGGACUAUUCAGUUUUGAUGAACAUAAGCUGGGUGCUCCGAGCGGAUGCCAGCAUCCGCUUGUUGAAAGCCACCAAGAUCUGUGUGACAGGCAAAAGUAACUUCCAGUCAUACAGCUGUGUGAGGUGCAACUACACAGAGGCUUUCCAGUGGCAGACCAGACCCUCUGGUGGCAAGUGGAUGUUCUCCUAUGUCGGCUUCCCGGUGGCACUAAGCACACGCUAUUUCAUCGGGGCCCAUAAUAUCCCCAAUGCAAAUAUGAAUGAGGACAGUCCUUCUUUGUCCGUGAAUUUCACCUCACCAGGCUGCCUAGACAAGAUAAUGAAAUACAAGGAAAAGUGCGUCGAAGGAGGAAGUCUGUGGGACCCCAACAUCACUGCUUGUAAGAAGAAUGAGAAGAUGGUGGAAGUGAAUUUUACAACCAGUCCCCUUGGAAACAGAUACAUGGUUCUUAUCCAACGUGACACUGUACUGGGAUUUUCUGAUGUGCCAGAGAGCAAACUAAGGAGAACUUCUGUAGUCAUUAUGGUGACAGGAGAAAGUGAAGGUGCGAAGGUCCAGUUGAUUCCGUAUUUCAAUUCAUGUGGCAAUGACUGUAUCCGACGGAAGGGAACUGUUGUGAGUUGCCCGCAGACGGAUGCCCCCUUCCCUCCAGAUAAAAACAGAAGCAUGCUGGGAGGCUGGCUGGCCCUGCUGUCACUGCCUGUGGUCUCAUGGGUGUUGGCAGCUGGGAUCUAUAUAAUGUGGAGACGUGAAAGGAUCAAGAAAGCUUCCUUGCUUGCUACCACAUUACUGCCCCUCAUUAAGGUUCUUGUGGUUUAUCCAUCUGAAGUCUGUUUCCACCACACCGUCUGUUACUUCACUGAAUUUCUUCAGAACCACUGCAGAAGUGAGGUCAUCCUUGAACAGUGGCAGAAAAAGAAAAUAGCUGAGAUGGGGCCAGUGCAAUGGCUUACCACUCAGAAGAAAGCUGCAGAUAAAGUGAUCUUCCUUCUUUCCAAUGUCAGUGCGGUGUGUGAUGGCACCUGUGGCCAGAGCAAGGGCAGCCCCAAGGAGAACUCACAAGACCUAUUCCAUCUUGCCUUCAACCUUUUCUGCAGCGACCUAAGCAGCCAGACUCACCUGCUCAAAUACAUAGUGGUCUACUUCAGAGGUGCGGAUCCCAAGGAUGACUACAGCGCUCUCCACAUCUGCCCCAAGUACCACCUCAUGAAGGAGGCCACUGCUCUCUGCACUGAACUACACUGCGCCACGCAGCACAAGCCAGUGAGGAGAUGGUCACGAGCCAGCCACAGCAGCUACUCCGCUUUGUAGCCUACCCAAGAGAAGGGGGAGGACUCAAAGCCUCCUUAUCCAACAAUUCCAGGGGAAGACCUUUGUGAGAAUCCUGAAGUUUACUGUCCAGACUACUUAUAAGGAAAAUCGCAACUGAACACAUGCCUCAGGUUACUUAUUAAAAAACGUUCUGCCAUAAAACUAUUACAAACAAGAUGGGCGUGGUGGAGCACGCUGGGAAUUCCAGCACUUGGGAGGCUGAGGCAAGAGGAUCACCAUUUCUAGGCCAACCUCAGCUACACAGUUCAAGGCCAGCCUGGAAUACAUAGCAAGAUCCUGUCUCAAACAAAAAAUAAUAGUUGCAAACAUUACUAACUGCUGGAACAUUACUAAACAACUGAAACUAAAUUUCUAGUUACAGAGCUAAACCAAUUUUAUAUCUAAAGUUCAAGAGUAUUACUGCAGACAAUCAUUCAGAUAAUGUAGCAACACUCUCUUCCAGCCAGGUGUCCAUCCAAUCGUAAUAGUCCAUGGGUUACAAUGCAGGUUGUUUAGCUCUGUAACAUUCUAAGCUCAAUUAAUGAGGACUAAGAAUUCCUCACUAUUUCACUUAGCUUCCUGCGAGAAAAACCGUAUUACACACAAAAGUAUUUUUAAGAUACUAAAAGUGGGGAAUAAUUCGGCAGUGGUAGUACACACCUGUAAUCCAAGUGCUUCGGGAGACCUAGGCAGGAGGAUGGCAAGUUUGAGUCCAGCCUGUGCAAGUUAGUAAGACCUAUCUCAAAACUAAAAAAAGUUCAAAAGGAUGGGGAUAUAACCUUCAUUGAAGGCCCUAGGGUAAUUCCCUAGUAUUGCAAAAAAAAUUGGGAGUUAUUAAGCUGGACCAUCUUGGUUGACCAGAUGAGCUGAUCGAUGUAUAACCACCAUGUAGUAUGGUAUUUGCUAUUUGGGAACUUCUUGCUCCAAAUUAGAUUAGUAUUCUGCCUUUUGUACAAGUGACCUUUUUUUUGGUCUUUUUGAGACAGGGUUUUGCUAUGCAGUUCAGGCUGGCUUUACACUCACUCAUUUUGUUGCCCAGGCCUCCUGAGUGCUGGGAUUCCAAGAGUGCACCACCAUGCCCGGGUCAAGUGACCUUUAAAUGAAAUCCAAAUACAUUCCUGCAAAGCUGAUGUCUACUUUUUGAAGUUAUCUAUUAGAAGUUACCAUCAGAGUUCUGUUAUUACAUAAUCAUUCGUGUUAAACAUUCUCAAACUGAAAGCUUACUUUCUUAAGAUAAUGGUUCUUUUUAUGUUAGUAAUACUGAUUACUUAAAUAAAAAACAAAACUGCCAGAGUAACAGAAUGUAGAGAUGUACGCUAUUGAUACAGGGGAAAAACAAACCCCAGGUUGCUAGGCGUCAAAUGUGCCAAGUUCUUGUCUCCUGAAACUGAAGAAUGAAUUGCAAAGAACAAACAUUAUGAGUAGAAAUGAUUUACUGAGAGCUUGUAAGAGACGGGAGGGAUCCUAAAAGGGGGUUGCCACCCAGGCAUUUCUCUAACAGUGUUUUAUAGGGCAAAAUCACGAGAUACGCUAAAUCACAAGGUUACUAGUGUCAAACUAUAGUCAACCAGUGAGAUUACAAACACAGCUGCUUGGCUAACACUGAUCCAGUAAGGAAGCAGGCCUCCUAGUAGGGGAUAUGGCAUCCCUAACUUCUGAAACAGGAUCAUUUUGGGAAAGGGAUGGGCCCCAGUGCUCCGGCCACCCAUCCAGGUAUCUGAAGCAUAUCUGGGUUUAAUGGACUAGGUGGUACCAGCCGGCACAAUAUCAAAUUUCCAUUCAUUCUUUUGCAAAGUAUGAAACUAUGGCCAUUGUGAUGUUAAUUCCGAGACUUCUGCCUUCCUCAGAUGUGCCUCUAGCCACAAUUUUGAUGUCUCUACCUCUCACUGACUUCCUUAUGAGCUGGUCCCUGUCUGUGUAUUUUAUGAAUUUUAUUGGUACACUUUUGAUAUACAUAAUCACAUUCAUCAUAGGCAAUUUGUACUGGUACAUAUCUUGACUUUGUUUUUUCUCAUUUCCCUCCCCUUCCAUCAACCUCUCUUCCCCUCGUUUACUUAAGCUGGUUUUAUUUUUCCUUUUCCUUUCCUUCUCUUCCCUAUCCUCCUCCCUAGACCCCUUCCCAUUUGAACGUUUUUUCCCUACUUCCCAAUAUCCUUUUAAUGAUUCUCUUGAGAGGAUCUCCCUAAGUUGCCCAGGUUC